UCUGGCCAAGAAGCACGGCGCAUAAACUAGUACUGUCGGACUUAAGUACUAAGUUACGGGCCCCGCGGCGCCGUCGUUGUUGAGCAUCUCGACUGGGAAUCCCACCAAAUGGUCAAAGUUCCGAGCACCUAAAUCCUCCGAGCCACGCAGUGAUCUGUAUCCGAAGCAUUGCCCCCUGAUGCGUGAUGCAUUGAUGCAUGUGGGGAAUUACGCGCACGAGGUAUCUUAGCGUCGCAGUACCGCCACAGGGCUACGUGUAGUUGAAUAACAAACUUACCGUGAUCCCCCGCAGGCAAUAAUGAGACUAGUCUUUGCUUUCAAAGUGAUACUCACCACAGCUAUAGCCAUUGGUCUUGUCAAUAUUAUUGCACGAAGGCCAUGGUUGUCCAAUAGCAGGUAUUUCGAAGGAGUUGCUCUUAGCCAUGAUCUAUCCCUUCAAGUGAAAUUCGGAGAACCAGUAUGGAUGCGAGUAGACCAAACAGCGCACUACCGCGCGGAUACGGAUGAGGGCGGAGAAGAGUUUGCGAAACUCGUUCCGCGCGGAGGACACACUGUUCGCAUCAAAGAUGCGGAGACGGGUGAAAACCGCAUUUACACAGUGACACUCUUUCACCAGCUCAAGUGUCUGGGAAUCAUCCGUGACAACUACGCAGCAAAGCGCCCCCCAUCAUCCACCACUCGUCACUGCAUGAAUUAUCUUCGUCAAUCAAUAUUGUGUCACCCCAACAUGAGCAUCGAGCCGGCAGUAAACAACCUAGGGUCCGCUGUCAGGGGAUACGAGACUGUUUGUCGUGACUGGACAAAAGUUUAUGAGGAGGUGGACAGACUACAUGGAAUGACUUCGGAUGUUAGGAGGGUUUAACGGGUACCUGCACAAGCUGCACUCCUUGUUACCCAUAACUAUACUCCCUACAUAAGAAUAGGGUCUGGCAUACCGUGAGAAC